AAGAUGUGAAUGAUUGUUGUUUAGAUUGUUGGGUUUCACACUCAUAAGGAGUGUUUCUUCUGCUAUCGAAGAUUCUUGCAGGGAACACAGAUGCAUUAUUGGGAUUGGGAGAAUUGGCAGGGAGCAGCUCUGAUGGUGGGUCACCAAGCAACUACAGACUUCCCACAUGCAGGAGGAAAUUGGCAGAGUGCAGCUUCCAUGGAGUCACGAAGCAACUCUAAGCUUUUCACCUCCAUGCAAUGCUCAAACACACCAAAAAAGGCUACUACUGCAUCUUGUAGUGUAGUAUGGGUAGCAAAGUUUAAUGGUCCACUGCAUCCUCUAGCCCUUGUUAUUUGAAAGCUGGUGGUGUACAUUGAUCUUUUGGAUCCACCUCUUCCGUUCCAGGCACUAGCAGCCAGAGUUUGUUUUACAGAUUACCACCAACCACGGUCCAACAUUCUCUUUAUCAUCAUCAUAUCUGAGAAUAAGGUCUUCUGCAGAGAUGAUCAGAAUGAGGAGGAAGCGUCAUGAGAAUCCAAAAGAGGAUAAAAAGAAGGAACACCAUGGUGAUCAUGCUUGAACAAGUGAGUAGUUUCUGCCGUGCAUGCUGACACAAGUUCUUCUGCCUGGUUACCUGUUUCUUCUGCAUUUGGAAUCCGUCUCUUUCAUUGUGCUUCCAUCUCCCAGCCUACUCUGAGCAAGGCGCAAGAGUAAGUCACCUCUCACGGGUGAUAUCCCAAAGAAGACAAGGGCUCUCACAUGGGGGAAGGGGCCAAUGACACGCCCUCUUAUUUAUUGAUUGGGAUGCGUGCUACCACAGUUCACAUAGAUGAUGCUCUUAGUGGUCCAUCACCAGAUCUGUUCUCCCCUCCUCUGCCAUCCAUCAGAGACACCCACCUAUUACAGCUUCUCUUUUUCGUGUGAUGAUAAUAUAGGCUGUGUUCGAUGCGUUUGCCAAUGCAAAUAGAGCGCAUUCCCAAUAAUUUAAUGACGCAGGUGAUGAACUUAUUUUGUGGGCCCUAAGAUGGAUGGCAAGAGACCUUCCACAGCAGCUCCUCCAUUAAGGUCUACCACGUUGAGUGUUUGCUCUCCAUGUGUCAUGCGUACAUGGGAAGACCUGCUUCGAUCAAUCAAAUGCAAAGCCCAUUUUGUUUGGAGUUGUAGUAUGUACUUACUGCUCGGUCAGGGAUCUACCUUGGAUUCAUGUAAGUCAACGGGGUGCCUCUCUCGGAUCUGGUAUGUCUGAUCUCCUACCCGGUCAUCCCCUCCUAUUAAUGAACUUGCCAUUUCCAUGCCUCUCUCUCUCUCUCUCUCUCUCUCUCUCUCGCUACGAUGGAAAGGGGAGUUCAAGAUUGGAGGACAGUCUACCUACAAUAAAAGAGUGCAACUGUCCUAGCUUUCCUGGUUGUGUAUCAUGCCAAAUGCCCAAGCAUUCCAUGUCCUAGAUACCCAUUUGGCUUGUCUUUUCUCUCUUUUGUGAUCGUGAUGUUGAUGUCUUGCUAAUGCUUCUCUCUCUCUCUCUCUCUCUGUUAAAUCAACAGACCUGGAGCUGCCAUUUUGUUGCACUGGGUCAUUGGAUUCUCCUUUGGAGCCCUUAUUAUGGGUUUUCCCUUGGUUGGGUAGCUCAUCAAACGCUAUGAGGAGAAUAUAGUCCUUGAUGGAAUCUUCUCUGCAUAUGGAAGGGAAUGUCAAUCCUACUGGUGCGAUGGACUGGCUGGAGUUGCCAUGGUUGCUAGAGACAUGGUAAUGGAGCAUGUAGGAUCAGAAUACGCACAGUGAGAGAGAAGGGGAAGGAAGGAAGAAGAUGUCUACUCUUUGGUUCACACUGAAGAGAUCUCUCCACUGCAGGUCUGACCCUUCUGAUGUCCACGAGCCAAAGGCCAGGGGCCCUCUUGGCGCCAUCUUGUCCAGGAAGACAUGCAGGUCUGGUUGCUCCAGAUCCAUGGCCAACCUCAGAGAUGUAAUCCAUGGAGGCAGGAGGCAGAUUGAGAGGCCAAGCUGCUGCAGCCCAAGGUCUAUUGGGAGCAGUGAGGUCCUGAACCCCAUUGCCCAUGAGGUAGUUCUCAGUGACUCCGGGUGUGAGCUCAAGAUAACUGGAUUUCGGAGUCACUAUGACGGUGGUGGUGGCGAGGUAGGAUCCACGUUUGUGGGCACCCUCAGGCCUGGGACUCCCGGCCCCGGAGGAUGGAGCACCAGUCCUCCAAGAAAGGCUAAUCGGCUUCUCUCCGAUCGAGAGGGUUAUCCCCUUUGGGGUUCUUCACUUUCUAAUGAUGUUCUUGGCAACGACGGAGCUAAUCAUUUUCCUUUGGAAGCCAGGUCUUCUGCUGGGGCUGCCACUCCUACAAUCUGCCAUAGAUGUGGUGACCAGUUUGGGAAAUGGGAGGCUUUGGAGGCACAUCAUCUGUCCAAGCAUGCAGUUACUGAACUACUAGAAGGCGACUCUUCUCGGAAGAUAGUAGAAAUAAUAUGCAAGGCAAGUUGGUUGAAGUCUGAGAGCAGUUGUGGACGGCUAGAACGGGUCCUAAAGGUCCAUAACAUGCAAAAGACUCUCACUCAGUUCGAAGAAUACCGGGAAAUGGUAAAGAUUAGAGCCAGCAAGCUUCCCAAAAAGCAUCCACGAUGCUUGGCUGACGGAAAUGAACUGUUAAGGUUCUAUGGUACAACAGUCUGUUGUUCUCUUGGCAUAAAUGGUUCUUCAAACCUUUGCACAUCAGAUAAGUGCAAUGUUUGCCGCAUUCUAAGACAUGGAUUCUCCAAAAGAAAAGAGAUGAAGGGAGGCCUGGGAAUGUUCACAACUUCCACUAGUCGCAGAGCACUAGAAUCGGUUCAAGUGCUUGAAGAUCACCCUUCCAUAAGAAAAGCCUUGCUGAUAUGUAGAGUCAUUGCCGGGAGGGUUCACAAGCCAAUGGAUAAAUUACAGAAUUUGGCUGGUCAGUGUGGGUUUGAUUCAGUGGCAGGAAAAGUAGGUCCUUAUGCAAGUAUCGAGGAGCUCUACCUUCUCAACGCACGGGCUCUUCUACCAUGUUUCGUGGUAAUCUGUAAACCGUGAAGAGAUUCGAACUGAUACUUCUUUUUGCAGCAGUGCUUUCGAUACCCAUGAAACAUGAUUGUUUUAGAGGGUUGGUUUUUUGUUGCGGAGGAUUUCCAAUCCAUGCACUUUGUCAAGUUUAGGUUUGCCUCAUUCUUAGAGCUUUGGUUGUAUCUGAAAUGCAACUAUUUGUUCAUCACAUAACCUUGAUCGUUACAAAUAACUGUUGCUGCA